CACCGUUUCACGCUCGAAAAUCCUGUUGGGUUGGGUUGCCUUUCUCUUUAUUAAUUAACCCCCCCUGUCUCAGCUCGUUCCCUGUAUUUUUUUCCUCACUGAAACUGCUCAGGGGCAAAAAAAAAAAUAAAAAAAAAUGGAUAGACGUCGCAAGAAGGAAGCCAAGACAACUCCUCAUUGCUCUGAUCAAGCUACUUCACAGCUCUUUCUGUGUGGUGAUUUGGUAGAGGUAAGCAGCAUUGAAUGGGAAUUCAUCAACAUGUCAGAACAAGAAGAAGAUCUCAUUUACAGAAUGUAUAAGCUGGUCGGAGACAGGUGGGCUUUGAUCGCAGGUCGAAUUCCAGGCCGCAAAGCUGAGGAAAUAGAGAGAUAUUGGAUUAUGAGACACUGUGAAGGGUUUGCCAGUCGACGAAAGGAACAAAAAAGAGAUGUAAUUCCUAAUACCUCUUGAUUAGGUUGUAUCAAUUUGUUUGGAAAUGUACCUGUGCCCCUCUCUCUCUCCCUCCCUCCCUCCCUCCCUUUAUCAUGUUCUUUUCUGCCAUUAAUGGACUUCUUAUAUAUGCAGUAUAUGUCAUAGUGACAGUGAUCGUGAUUUCCCUCGCCUAUCGGCCCUAAUUUUGAUUAUGAACAUUUGAACAGCUAUUCCAUGAUUGUACCCAAAAUCAUAUGUAGGAAACCGCAAGCUGUUCCCCAGAAUUUAAGAUCGAGGAUUUUAUUUUUUAUAAUUUCACAAUAAAGAAAUAUAAAUUUCUUGUCCA